AUGGAUCAUCUUCAGAACCUUCAACUGGGAGACCUUUGGAAGCCGGCGUAUUACGGGAAUCUCUUCAAUUCAAAGAAGCAUGACUUUCACAACUUCCCGAACAAGAUCGGGUGGACGCUGUCCAACGACACCCUGGAAUUCGAGACGGAAACCGACAUCAGCUUCAACAAGUUUUUGCAGUCUUGGCUUUUCUUCGGUCUUCUUUCCACCAUUCUUGGUAAGCCAGCGAAAACGCUCUCUGAGACGUUAGUGUCGGAAGCUGGGUACAUCAAUACUUCGAGAUUGAAUGGCUACCUCGAGGACUGGAGGAAUGAUGUGGCCCAACAGAAACCCCAUACCCGUUCUCUAAGGAUGAUACGCGCCCAAGUUGCUCUGGACAAAGCUCGUCACAUCGUCACGGAAUAUUGCUCCGAUGACGGCAAGAAGAUAAAACCAGAAGGGCAUCCCUGCCACGUGCACCCGAAUUUGGGGUUGUCGCUGAUGGUAUUGGGAGAGACUCUCACGAAUGCCAAAUCCAAGAUCGUCGAAAAGGUCGGAUUCAAUAUCCACGGGUGGCAUGGCGAUGCUAUGGAAGGUUGGGGCACGCCUUCAUGUGUCCUGGAGACGAUGAAGCGGAAUGGAUGGUGCCGGAAACUGGUCGAGAUUCUCAAAUUACAAUUGAGAUCACACGCUACUUCGUUACUGGCAGCCUACGCAUCACAUGUACAAACGGAUGCCGUAACAUCCUACCUCAUCGAGGGCCACAAAGACUGUACCAAAGAAAAAUGUAGUAUCAAGGUCCGGGGGACUGAUGGGAAAUAUGUGACUCAACAUCAGCCAAUGUGUCGACGCCAUCCUAAACACCCUUUGGCCUCCAACAAUGAGAACUUGUGUUGGCAAAUGGGGCCCGAGAUUGGAGAAGUCGUGGAGCUCAUAAGCCAGCAUCGCGUCCCUCUCAUGGAGUAUGACAGGGACGACGGCGCAGUCCGUGUUGUAGGAUACAAACCGUACAUGCCAUAUGCGACUCUUUCGCACGUCUGGUCUGAUGGGUAUGGUAACCCUGAAGCAAACAAGCUUUGGAAAUGUCAACUUGACUUCUUUGACGAUUUAAUCAAAGAAGCACAUGAAGAAUCACGAUCUGGAGAAAAACGACUGUUCUGGAUUGAUACACUGGCCGUUCCUAUCCAUGAGCAAUACAAGGCACAAAGAAGGAUUGCUGUGCGGCAAAUACACGGAGUUUACACCAAUGCAAGAUACACGGUAGUCAUUGACAAAGGGCUAGGUCAAAUGUUGCCGGCGGACUCGUAUGAGGGAACUGCUAUGCGAAUUCUAGCAAGUGGAUGGAUGCGUCGACUCUGGACUUUGCAAGAAGCCUACCUCAGCAGGCGUUUAUAUUUUGCCUUUGCACCAGGGGGGCCGAGAGAAAAGAGAUUGAAGAACCUGGAGGAUCUGGAAGAAAUGUACCCGAAGGCGAGUGACAUUUUGACCUCGAAUAUUCCGAGCGCCGCACGAAACUACUUCCACAACCUGCUGGGAAAUGAUCGGAGGGCGCGAAUCAAUGAGUUACCGGCCGGUAAUGGUACUGACAUACUGGCCAGUGUAUGGCGAGCAGCCAGGUGGAGGACUACAAACCACCAGGAGCAUGAAACCUUGGCCCUGGCAACACUCCUGAACUUAGAUUACCAGAAUACCAAAUUCCAAGACGCCGGGCUCAUAAAAGAUGCUGCAAAAGUCGAGGAUGAUCAGCUCCAGGGCAUGAUGAUAGAUCUCUGGAAGCUCCUGGACAAGACCUGUCCAGGGUCUAUCCCGCCAGGAAUCAUUUUCCUACCCGGAGAAAAACUCAAGGACCCCUCAUUCGGCUGGGCUCCCAAGACUUGGCUCUCAAACGAAGAACUCGAGUAUCCGGAUCCACUCUCAAGUAUGGUCGGAGCAGCAAAGUUGGUUCCGGAAGGCCUAUUGGUGCAAUAUCCAGGAUUCGUUCUCCAUGCUCAAAGUCGGCGUGCGAUUCUCGGGGAUAACGAGAACAGUUUCCACUUCCCUAGCGACAGCACACUUCUCGAGUGGUAUGGUGUCGAGCUGGUCGGCUUGAGAAGCAAUCCGCCCAUAGGGGUCCAAAAGGAUGAUAAGCAGCUUGCUAUCAUUCUGUGUCGACCGAAGCCCAAAGAGAUCCCAGAAAUUGCCCUCCUGGUCGAAAUCGAGGAAAUCAUUGUCCAACGGAGUUUCAGCGACAAGCAACACCGGUCAACCAUUUAUCAUGUCUCCUACGACUGGCGAGUCAAGAUAUGGCGCGAGACGAAUACAGACCUACUGUCGAAAUGGCGAGAUUACAUUACGGCCUCGAUUGACCAUGACGAGAAGAUAGCUACCGGGGAUUCAGAACAGGAAGAUAAGAUGAUUUGUGGAGAGGCACUUGAUAGCGAUCAAAGGUGGUACGUGGGAGGACGGCCACCGCCACGGAAAACAGAAACGGAAACAAUAGAGGAGGAGGUCAAGAAACUCGUCACGCACAAGAUGGCAGAAACGGUUCAGAUUGCAGCGGAAGUAGGGCAGACACUUCCUAAAGCGAACGCACCGGAAGUCAAGAGAACCGUACCCUUCACGAUAAAUGGACUUGGUGGCCCUGGAAGGACGUCCUUCUCAAGACCAACGUACACCGUCACAUCACCGAGGCCGACUGCCAACAAUGGCUCUACUUCAGUGACUUCGCAAGUUAUAUCCGUCCAGACCUCUCAAGGGGAUUCCAGUGUGCCUCAACAACAAUACCCAGUCCAGCCUCCUGCCCCGGCUCAAACAGCCAUUCCAGCCCAUCACCAAGUGCUCAUGGCCCAGCCACCAGAUGGGCUUCAAGCUGCCACACCAAGGGGUACUCGAUCUCGCUCCAUAUCAGCAGCGAGUAGCAGCUCAUAUAACACUCAACCGCCAUCGACUGGCCAGCAUCAUCCGCAUGGUAGCAGCCCAUCACUUUCGGUUCAGACCCUAGGAACCUCGCCGCCCGCCGAGAGGGAGGCUUCUCCUUCUCCACGAUCGAGGCUUCCGGUUCCGAUAAAGCCAGUGAAGAGUGCGAAUGGGAGUGCUGCGGCUGGCAGUGCAAAUGGCAGAGCAGCCUGA